AUGGCCAUCCUCCUAUCCGUCGUCCCAGUGCAUACCCCGCUGUUCUGGUCAUGUGUCGGCUUGUACGCCGACGCGGUCAAGCUGCUCUCCCCGAGCAAGAGACUGCAGAAACUGGCCGAAGAGAUAGCCAGAUACAGCAGGAGACCCCCGGAGACACACGAACAAGCUUUGCUCAGACGUAUGCACGAUGCGGAGACUUUGGCCGAGUACGAGAACUGCACUAUUGACUUGGAUAACCUACAAGGGCACGAGGCAUGGAAGAAAGAGAAGGAGUCCAUUGAGCCUGGGUACAAUCCCGACGUGAUCGAGAGCCAAGUCAUCCGAUUGAAGAACGCCGUGGUAGACCAGAACCUGAAUGCCAUGCAACAUCUCCUCAGAACAGGGCUCAGUCGUGAUUUGGGUGGCAUGAAUAUGUCGCGACUCUAUAAACACUCAUGGUUCGGCACCAAGUUCCUGAUAGACGACUACAUCAACACCGUUUUAGAGGCCAUCGAGACCUUCACGGAAACCAGCAUUCACAGCGAUAUCCCUACAGCAGAAAUCCGACACCACCAACAAUCAUUAGAAGACGCAUUGAAGUUCUUCGGGCGUUCAGCACUGACUCUAUCGGGCGGAGCACUUCUGGGCAUGAAGCAUAUCGGCGUUGUCAAGACACUCUGGGAGGCAGAGUUGUUACCGGAGAUCAUUUCAGGAGCAUCAGCAGGAAGCAUCGUGGCCGGUAUCGUGGGCAGCAGCAAUGAUGAGCGCAUGGCGGAAGUUCUUGACCAUUUCCCGUUUUCAGACCUGGCUGUCUUUGAUCCUCCGGGCACUGGGAGGGUGGGGUGGCUCGCGCAAAGGAUUCGUACUUUUCUGCGAACCGGCGCUUUCUUUGAAAUGGACAACCUGAAGCGGGUCAUGAAGUCGUGGCUGGGCGACAUCACCUUUCGAGAAGCACGCUACAAGACCGGACGGAUCCUCAACAUCUGCGUAUCCAGUGCAGGGAACGCCGAGCCACGAUUAUUGAACUUCGUGACUGCCCCUGACGUGUUCAUCUGGUCUGCCGUUUGCGCAUCUUGUGCUGUCCCUAAUGUUUUCCCACCUGCCAACAUCUAUGAGAAAGACCCCAUCACCAAGGAGGAAAAGCUGUGGAUGCAAAAUGCUCAGCAGACGUUUGUGGACGGGUCCCUGGACCACGAUAUUCCCAUGAGGAAGUUGUCGGAGAUGUUCAACGUCAAUUUCUUCAUUGUCUCACAAGUCAAUCCGCAUGUCAGGAUUUUUUUGGAUCAAGAGGAGGUGUUUCGCGGCAAACAACCCGCAGCACCCAUGCCUGUUCGGAGUCCCCUUCAAGCAGCUAAGGAGCUGUUCAAGGAGGAAAUCAUACAUCGCGCACAACAACUCUCAGACCUCGGUUUUCCUCAGGGAUUGUACAGAUGGGCUUCCCUUUUCAAUCAACAGUACACUGGCGACAUUAAUGUCUUGCCAGAGAUCAAACCAAGCGAGUACCUUAAUAUGAUGAUGAACCCUACGCCAGAGUUCAUGGUGGAAGCGACGGUUGCAGGGGAACGAGCGACGUGGCCGCGCAUGUGCCGCAUCAAGAACUGUGUCGCUAUCGAGCUGGCUCUGAUCCAGGCCAUUCACACUCUGCGGGACAGAGUUAAUUUUGGACCCGAGGCUAGAGCGGCUCGCGAGCACAAACGAUCCAGCAGCAAGGGCCGACCAGGUCGUGGUCGUUCAGCUCGCCCCUCGUUCUUGAGGAGGCGCAGUCUGAGCAUCGAGUCCCCAAUGACGAGCGACAACGCAUUGACACUGCCGCUGCCGUUGAAAGUCCGCCGUAACGUGAGCCUGGGGAACAUCUCAGUAAGACCGACCUUCUCCAUUACGACGCCACGAACGACGCCGUACCUAUCACCGCAGGUCGGCGUCGAUCAGGAUCUUUUAGGGGAAGGGUUGAUCAUGACUCGCACGUACUCCAACACACUUGACGGCUCCGGUACAGAUGGUCAUAUUGUGGAAAUGUCAAACAUUAGCAGGCGAAGAGGGCCCCUGUAG